CCUCUGUGCCUCUGCACAGUGAAACUAGUUUGAUUUGUAUCAGUCAAGUUCUCAGUAAAACCGGCUGCAAAGAUUCAUGUUUGUAUUUCUAUGGAUCUCUGUAUAGUUAUACUAGUUAAACAAGCCUUUAUUUUGAAAGAGCCAUUGAGUCAGAAACAAUAGAAAGAGACUCUGAAGAUGAGAUGAGCAACCCCCCCUGGAAUGUUGACCCCUGUGCAGUGGACUAGUGGGGGAGGGACGGCUGAACCAAUCACAGAAAGACUGCUGCAGCUUUCGCUUCAAAAGGAACCAAUCAGAUGUUGUUGCUUGGAUUCCUUUGUCAGGAAGUUUCCAUGUGGAAGCUUCCAGAGUCUUUUCUGUUUGUCUGCAGGCUGAGCAGAACUGACUCCUGCAGGAUCACAGGAACUUUCAGGGAAAUCUCAAAGCAGGAGAAAAGUUUCUGUUUGGAGCUUUUUUCUGUGAUUGUGAGACUAGCAGAUGAUCGGAGCUGCUGCUGUUCAGAGGACUUUGGUGUUUGUUGGAGCUGAAGAUCUUUUGCAGCUGCAGGAACCAUGUCUUCAUUUGAUCAGAAAGAGUCUGACAGAGAACAACUUUCUGCUGCUGAAGAAACCUUAAGACUCUGUGAAGGAACCAUCGUCCAGAAUGAGAAUGAGGAGCUCUGUGGUCAGCGCAGACUGAUGGAUUUCAUCUCGAAAGUACAGAGUCAAAUCAACGUUACAGUCGCCCCUCAGCAAACUGUGCUUAAAGAGGAAGAUCUCUGCGGCCAGCAGAUGAACUUUAAAGUGGAACAGGAGGAACUAGAACCUUCACAGAUUAAAGAGGAGCAGGAAGGGUUCUGCAUCAGUCAGGAUGAAGAUCAGCUUGAUCUGAAGCAGGAGACUGAAACCUUGAUGGAGAUUCCUGCCAUUAAGGUAAACAAGAACAGUGAAUCAGAUCUAAACAAACAGCAGAGGUUUAAUGUAAGUGAUUUUCAGGAUGAAGAAGGAAACCAACAUGAAGAAUCAACAUCAACUCCAGAUGAAGAGACAGAGCCACAGAACAGCGAUCAGAGGAAGAGAAGAAACAGAAGUCAUGUCCAAAGUGUGGGGAGUAAGAGCGACUCUGAUGUUAGUAAAAAAUCAAAGAAGGCAAGUUUGACUAAGAAGUGCAGACAAUCCCCAGAAGAAGAGACACUUUCCUUCAAAAAGUAUAGUGAAAGAACAAGAAUUACACACAACUUGUCUGUCUGCAUGACAUCUACAUCUGAUAAGAAACCUUUUGUCUGUGAAGAAUGUGGUGAAGAAUUUAGGUACUUUUCUAAGAUCAAAAGUCACAUGAGAAUCCAUACAAGAGAGAAUACUUUUUCUUGUAAAAAAUAUGAUGGAAGUUUUAGUCAUGCAAGUAGAUUUCAAAGACACAUGAAAACUGAUAAAGGAGAAAAGUCUUUUUCUUGUAAACAAUGCGACAAAUAUUUUAGUAAUGUAUGCAGUCUCAAAAGACAUAUGAAAACUCACACAGGAGAGAAGAUUUUGUUUUGUAAAGAAUGUAAUAAAACCUUUAGUCAAAUGUCUAGUCUUAAAAGACACAUGAGAACUCACACAGGAGAGAAGCCUUUUGCUUGUGAAGAAUGUAAUGCAAGUUUUUAUCAAAUAUGUGAUCUUAAGAGACACAUGAGAACUCACACAGGAGAGAAGCCUUUUUCGUGUAAAGAAUGUGAUAGAAGUUUUAGUCAUGACUGUAAUCUCAAAACACACAUGAAAACCCACACAGGAGAGAAGAGUUUUUUUUGUAAAGAAUGCGGUACCAGUUUUAGUCGUAAAUACGAUCUCAAAAAACACAUGAGAACUCACACAGGAGAGAAGCCUUUUGCUUGUGAAGAAUGUAAUACAAGUUUUUUUCAAAUAUAUAAUCUUAAGAGACACAUGAGAACUCACACAGGAGAGAAGCCUUUUUCGUGUAAAGAAUGUGAUAGAAGUUUUAGUCAAAUGUCUAAUCUCAAAGCACACAUGAGAACUCACAAAGGAGAAAAGCCUUUUUUCUUGUAAUAAAUGUGAUAAACAUUUUAGUCAUGUAUGUAAUCUCAAAAGACAUAUGCAAACUCACACAGGAGAGGCAUGUGGCAUGUAUGCAAUCCACUUCAUAAGUGCAUGAAAUAACAUGGAAUUUUAAUAAAAGCAUGUUUUAAUUUCGAGGGAAAAGAAAUGCAUGCACUUUAAAACAGGAAAUUUUUAAAUAUUUAUUUCAAAACUGUCAAUUACGUUCUAAUUGUAAUUGCCAAAUUCAUGUAUCAGUUGAUCACCUUUAGAGAAAAAAACAAACUUAGAGAAAUUUGUGUGGUGUUUGGAAAAAUGACUGUCCAAUUCGAAAAACACAUGGACAUCACGAAACCAAAUAUUUCCAACACUAUGUGAAGGCAGACUAACUCUUUGCAUCUAAACAAAGGACAAUAUAUUUGUAGUAAAGCAUCUAUUAGGACGCACCAAAAAAUAAAACAUUAAUAGGUAUUGCCAAUAUAAUUUAUUCCAGUUUGGGAGGUCAGAUUAAAUAGUUUUAGUUUCAGACCACAGUUUACCCACUCCUGCUUUAAAGGAUUUCUUAGUCAGUAGAAUACAAUUAACUCUAUAGCAAGACUUCCGUCUGCUGAUAAGCUGUUUAGAAAUCCUUAUUUUUUUCCAUGAGGACUUUUAAUUUUUAAAGAAAUGUUGUGAAACCACUAUUCAAAGACAAUGUUCAAUUCUUUAGUGAUUGAUUUUCACUAGUAGAUUUAAUUUUUGUUGUUGUUGUUGUUGUUUAUUCUAUGCUAAGAUAUUGUGUAUUUUUGUCUGAAACUGAGUGUUACCAUGACAACACCAGAAGAUUUUUUUACACAUCUCUAGUUCUUACUUAUAUGUUUCAGUGGUAAUUUCUUUAUUGUUUUGAGCAAAAAAAAAACCUGCAGUUUAUUUUAUUUUGUUGAAUCAAUCGAGUAAUUGUUUUUUGAGGAAAUUAUUUUUUCAAAAUACGUUUUAAGGAAUAUGUCGAUUUUGAAACAGACUCAUGUUUUUGUCUUGAAUUCCAACACAUUCUCAUCCCCAAGUUGUCACAUAUUGAUUGUUGGUUAACAUUUUGGGUGUCCCCAACUACCCCAACAGAACUGGUCCAGUACUGGGACGCUUAGCACACUAGUACCCUAAUUUGGCACCAGUUUUGCAUCCGCCAUCGGGCCCAGGUUCAGGUCUGGUACCACAUCCUGUAUCUGGUGCUGGGUUAGGGUACUAGGUUUGGGUAUUGAUGCUGGACGCGUCCCAUGGGCCAGUACCAGACGCGAUACUGAGUCCAUAAGGGUUGUGGACCUUUGAUUUUACGAACACCGUAAAAAGUGACGCGGAGGGGUCCUUAUCCAAACGUCAGUAUGAGAUGGCUUGGGGAUGAGAAUGUCUUGUGUGAUGCGUGUUUUCUUGUAGAUGUUUGAACUCCUCAACUCUUCUUUUUAGUUCUCAGUGUUCUGUCUCAGUCUUUACUGUAAAGAAUAAAGUGGACGUGAACAUCA